GGUCCAAUGCUCGCUCAUAUCAUUCAAGGCGACUACCGCACAGGAGGGACGCGCAUCAAGACGAUAAUUCAACAUGAUCACGUGACGGCAACGCGCCACUGACUGCCAGGUCGCGUCUUCUUCCUCUGCUUUGCACUUUCAUCACCACCUCUGAGCUCAAGCCUCCUCGCUUGCGCCGCCUCUCAGCAGUUUUAGGCGCUUUGGAGCAACGUAGGUCGUGCAUCAGGACGAGCACAUCCAUAUCCUAAGCAACAAAGGCACUCGGCUCAACUAAAAAGAUGAACCUCAGACCCUCCACCGCAGCAUGCAAAGAACGCAGGUCCUCCAAUGGCAGUCACGAUCCCGCGGGCGUUAUCGACAAGAAGACGCUCGAGUGGAUCGAGGCCGGCCUGCCGGGACUCAGUCCUAAGGAUCGCCAGGCCGUGCUCGUGCGCUUCUUCGAGGAGCAGGCCCGUGGCAAGGUGGCCGCUGGAACCGCUACGGCGAAAGCGCCCAGUGCCCCGACGGCAGCGCCAGGUGUCGCCGGGAACGCUCAAGCGCAGAGCCAACGUGGUGGCAAUCCUCCUGUAUACCCUCCGCCAACCCCACGUACCCAGCACGGCGGCUCUAGCUACUACCGCACUGUGCCAACCCCUCAGCCUGGUCCUCUUCCCGCGCGCCAGAUGCCCACAUUCACGUACACACCGCCGGCCACCAUGACCUCCAGCUAUUAUUCCUUUGCCGCGCAGUACGCGCGAAGCGGCGCGCAGCAGUCCGCGACGUCUGGCGCCCCCAAUCGCCCUUUGCCACCGACUUGGACUGGAACCUCAAAGCCACUGACGGCGGCGCCGAAGCCGCCAACUGGAGCACCGAGUUCAGCAGCUGGUGGAUCGAAGAGCGCUCAGCCAGUGCCUCGCGUGCACUCCGCUCCUCGCGAGCCCGCCGCCCCUCGUGUGCCCUCCGCCUCGCGCUCCUCCAAGCGCAAGACCAGGUCCGGAUCUCUGGAGCGCGCGUCGGUGCAGCGCUCAGCGAAGAAGGUCGCGCCGGCUAUGGCUUAG